AUGAGAGUCUGUAUUUUUAAAUAUGUUUUUUUUUCAAUUAUUAUUUGUUUUUUUGAAUAUGCCAAAAAUGAAUUAUACCUUGUAAACGAGAGAAGUGUAUACCUUGAAAGGAAUGUAAUAAACUUUAGAAAUAAUAGGAUAUUAGCAAAUGCAGAAAAUCAAUUCAAUUUAAAUGAUUUUUAUCAAUCAACUUUGAGCCUUGUAAAUCAAUUUAAUGAUAACGACGAAUUGAUAUAUAUUAGAAAUACUAUAAAUUCACAAAUAAGGAAGCAUAAAAAAAAGAAUACAUUACCCAAUUUAAAUAAUGUAGAUAAGAAAACUAAAAAGUUAAUUGAUGAACUUCAAAAAGAACUAGAAGUAAAAAAAGAGCUUGGUAAUAAAAGGGAUUAUAAAUUAAUAAUACAACCGAUAUAUGAUAAAAGGAUAAUAAAAAAAGAUGAAAAUAAUUCUGUAUCAGAACAUGAAAAUUUUAGAGAAUUGGAAAAUUAUGAAAAUAAUUUGGGGAGUGAAAAUUAUAAUUUUGAUAGUGAAUAUAUUGAUGUUACAUUAAGUAAUGAUUAUAAGAAAUUAAAAAUUAAACGAAAGUUAAAAAAAAAAAAUAUAAGUUUACUUAAGAAGUUUGCGAUAUUUAUGUUAUCUCAUAUUGUGGUAGUGGCAUCAGGAGGGGGGUACUUAAUAUUACUAGCUAUACCGUGUACGAUUUCCUUGUUUAAGAAAUGUUGGGAAAUUUUAAAAUUAGCCAUUAAACAAUCAAAACUAUCAAAAUAA